UACCGCUCGGUUGCUUCUUCUUACGCCUUGUUUCGGCCGAAUUGUACACGUUUUUGCUGCAAUUUUGUUGGCAUUUUCUCUUUAGUUUGCGCAUAUAAUCAACCUAAAUACAAUUUGUACUCAAACGCAGCAAAAUGGCACUAACGUCACGCUUCUACAAUGAAAAAUAUCCGGAGAUCGAAGAUGUCGUCAUGGUUAAUGUGCUCUCCAUAGCCGAAAUGGGCGCUUACGUCCAUUUGCUGGAGUACAACAACAUUGAGGGCAUGAUCUUGCUCUCAGAGCUGUCUCGUCGUCGCAUACGCUCCAUUAACAAAUUGAUUCGCGUGGGCAAAACAGAGCCAGUUGUUGUCAUACGUGUGGAUAAGGAGAAGGGCUAUAUUGAUCUAUCCAAACGUCGUGUUUCGCCCGAGGAUGUGGAGAAGUGUACCGAGAGAUUUGCUAAAGCGAAGGCAAUCAACUCCCUGUUGCGCCAUGUGGCUGAUAUUUUGGGCUACGACAGCAGUGAGAAGCUGGAGGAGCUCUACCAGAAGACCGCCUGGUAUUUUGAAAAGAAAUACAACAGCAAAACGGUCGCCUAUGACAUUUUCAAGCAAUCGGUAACCGAUCCAUCCGUUUUCGAUGAAUGCAAUCUGGAUGCGGAGACAAAGGAGGUGCUGCUGAGCAACAUCAAACGCAAACUAGUCUCGCCCACAGUCAAAAUACGCGCCGAUAUCGAGUGCUCGUGCUAUGGUUAUGAGGGCAUCGAUGCAGUCAAAGCAUCGCUCAGCAAAGGCCUCGAGCUGAGCACAGAGGAGCUUCCCAUACGCAUCAAUCUGAUAGCACCGCCGCUCUAUGUGAUGACCACAUCCACCACAAAGAAGACAGACGGACUCAAGGCACUGGAGGUGGCCAUUGAGAGCAUACGCGCCAAGAUAAUUGAAUUCGAGGGCGAGUUCAAAGUAAUAAUGGCGCCCAAGCUUGUUACGGCCAUUGAUGAGGCGGAUCUUGCGCGUCGUCUUGAGCGCGCCGAGGCUGAGAACGCUCAAGUGGCUGGCGAUGAUGACGAGGAAGAUGCUGCCGAUCAGGAGGGUAUGCAAUUUGAUCCCGAGAAGGAAUUCAAUCACAAAAGCUCUACACUGCGUGCCAACGAGGACGACGACGAAGAAGACGACGAUGAAGAGUAGAUGAUAACAAAAACAAAAAACACACCAAUUCGAACUAAAGCAACAACACCCAGCAUAACAACAAGAGCAGAAUUAAUAAAUUAAUAUGUACAUUAUA